AUUCGGGAGUUAUAUUCUUUGUCAUAAUUUAAGUGUUCAGGCGAAAAAAUUUAUUGACUUCAAACGAGUCACAUGCAAAGCCGGUAAUGGCGGUAACGGAAUGGUCUCGUUUUUACGUGCUUUUCGAGUACCAUUCGGUGGACCUGAUGGUGGAGAUGGUGGCAAUGGUGGUCAUGUCAUACUUAAAGCCGAUCACUCAACAAAGGAUUUAUCAAGACUCUCUUCUCAAUUAAUUGCAAAGAAUGGCGAUUACGGUAAACCGAAAAGCUGUCACGGUAAAAACGCUGAGCAUCGAAUCGUCAAAGUACCGGUUGGAACGAUCGUGAAACAGAUCAAUACCGAUACGAUUGUUGCUGAGUUGAACCGAAAUGGUUCAAUAUUCUUGGCUGCGAGGGGUGGUGCUGGAGGUCAUGGUAAUCAGUUUUAUGUGAGUAACUCGGUUAGGAUUCCAGUCAAAGCCGAAUAUGGUGGAAUGGGUGAAGAAAAAUGCUAUGAUAUCGAAAUGCGAAUGUUAGCCACGGCCGGUCUAGUGGGUUUUCCAAAUGCGGGUAAAUCCUCGUUGUUACGAGCGAUUUCAAGAGCAUCACCGAAGGUAGCCAGCUAUCCUUUUACGACACUAAACGCUCAUGUUGGCGUUGUGCUUUAUGAAGAUUUUGUGCAGAUAUCAGUUGCUGACAUUCCUGGCUUAAUUGAGGGAUCGCAUCGAAAUGUUGGAUUAGGUGUCAACUUUCUUAAGCACAUUACAAGAUGUGAAUGUCUGUUUUUCAUAAUUGAUUUGUCGCUGUUGUCACUUCGAUUCAAUAUCGACCGGAUACGUUCCUCUUUCAAACCGUAUCCUGUAUUUUUUAUAUCGGCUAAAUAUGGUAUUGGUAUUGAGUCAUUAUUAUCACAUCUGCGUAUGCUCUACGAUGCUACACACCGCAACUCUGUCACUGAAGAAGAUGCAAGUGGAAAGUUGAUAUUGUGA